AUGACUGGACACUCCCUAGGAGGCCUGCUGGCCAUUGUCACUGCCUACCGGAUGGGCCUGAAAGCGUUGACUUUUGCGCCGACUCCCUUUCACAAUGUUCUGAAGCAGGAACUGCACCUCACAGAUGCGCAGAUCUCGAGCAUGGAUUCGGAGGAUCUGGUGGCAACUUGUGACCCUUUCGACUGUGGCAUAAACUCGGUUUAUGUGAACGAAGCACGACGUGGAGCAAAAACGUGUCUUUACGUGGACACGGAUGAGCCAUUCCCCUGCAAGUUCCUGCCAGCCCCGUAUGAAACUGAAGGCUGGCGAACCUUGUUGCACACACCUGGCCCGUGGUUGCUCCCAGCAGCCUUCAAUUUGCUUUGCAAGCUCAGUGCUCAUCAUUGGGAGCGAUACGAGGAGAUAGUGCUUGCACGAGAGGGUGAUGACGGGCCUAGAAAUCUCCCGGUCUGCAACACGGACUACAGUGUCUUGGACAUCACUGACAACAUGCUGCAGAAGACGGAUUUUAUUCGUGCAUGGUUUGCGAAAUAUCGUCCAGCAUAG